GAGCAAUGUUACUUUCAGAUUGCCGGACCACCGCCGAACCACCAAAAUAAAGUAUCUUCUGAGAUGAUGUAGGUUGAACUUUGAUGAAACAAUAGUGGAAUAAGAGUGAGAUUUCAAACAUUCAACCCAAAUCUUUGCUUAGAGCCGUCAAACAGGUUAACCCGGUCCGACCCGACCCGCGGCGGGUUAUGAGUUUCACGAGUAGGGGCGGGCCAACCCGUUUAUUGUCGGGCCAGGAUUUCUAUGACCCUAACCCAACCCACCUAACCCACGGAUUAUUGUGGGCCAACCUGCGGGCCAUAAAUGUCAAAACAAAAAACAAUUAAAUAUCUAAAUUAAAAUUCAAACACAAUUGAAAUAAUAAGAUACAUCACUGCCAAUGACAUCAUAACUUUGUAAGUCCAUCUGAAAAUUGUCCAUGAGUUUAAAAGGCAACCUACCAUUACAAAUAUUUAAUGAUUUAAUUCAACUCAAAACAAAAACAUGAUAGCUUUGACCAAACAAUAGUCUUUCGUUUCAAAGUUCAAACUAUCCGCAGAAUUCAACACUCCAUUAAAUCCAUUUGGAGCUAAAUUAUCCAUAUCCAUAGGCCACAUAGAAGAGAGAACACAAAGAGUAGAUAAAUACAAAAUACAUUAGUAUUAGAAGUGAGGAAGGAACUAGAAGUAAAGAAAGGGUAAAAUAGAAGAUAUAAUUGAUUUUCACAAUUUUUUGUUUGGCCAUACGAAUUCUCCCGGACCAAAGAAAAAUGUCUCCUCAUCUCCUUCAGUCUUUCGUGACCUUCCGUCUGUUCGGCUACGGUAUAUUUGUUAUUUGUAUAUUACUUUGUCGAUCAGUGCUAUAUAGAAUUAUAAAUACAUAGAAUAUAUGGAGUAUGUUUUUUGUCUCCAGCCCGCGGGUUGACCCGUAACCCGUACGAGUUGGCCCACUAAACUCGCAACCCGUUAGGGUUGACCCACCAAGCCCGCAAAAUAAUCGGGCCUGAAAAUGACGACCCUAAGCCACUUAUAAGUGGGUUGAGACGGGCCAACCCGCAGACUUCGGCCCGUUUUGACGGCUCUAGACACAACUACCAUAAUACUAGGGUAAUCACAAUAUUAGGGGCAUAAAAAAUUAACACUUUAAAGUGGAAGAGUAUGUACUCUUUAUCACUUCAAUAUAUUCUACUCCAUAUAAUAAACAUACUAGUAUUAGGUUGUCCAAUUUUUGUUAUUCUUACCCCGAUAUACUCAAUUUAUUUAUAAACAAAGAACAAAAAGGAGAGAUAUGGGAAAAAGGAAAAAUAAAUAAAUGAAGGUAAAAAAGAAGGAUAAGGAAAUGAAUAGGAGCAUUCCUCACAGAGGACCCAACCAUUUAAUAUCAUGGGCUAAAUUUACAAAGGCAGAACAAGAAUGCUCAAGUCAGACCAAUAAUGAGAUCUCUAUAAGAGUUCAGAUAUUGCAGAGCCACCUUUAAUUUUCAAUUAUUCGAAGAAGAAAAAAACCCAAAGCUUUCUCUAUCAAACACAUGGACCACUGUCCCCUACUCCCCUCCCAUCUCCUUCCAGCCCUUCUCAUCUUCUCCAUCCAUCCUCUUAUUAUCCUCUCAAUCCUGCUUCUACCUAGCUAGCAUAUACCUAAUAAUCUUCUUUAUUGCAUCACAUUAUUACCCUCAUCAAAAACACCUUUCAUUCCACUUGUUUUUUCCUCCAAAAUCUAUCUUAUGGUUUUCAUACAAUACAUGAAAACCAAAUUAAACCCUUUUUGUGCUUAUAUAUAUAACUAAUUACUGCCUUAUUAUAGACAAGUACAUUGAGUUAACUACGGUUUAAUUCGAUCAUUAAGAUGAGUCAGUGUGUUCCCAGUUGGGAGGUUGAAGAUACUAACCAGCCUCCUCUCGACAUCAAUGCGCUUGCUGAUUCUUUAUGCACCGACGUUCCCUCAUUGGACUACGAAGUGGCGGAGUUGACGUGGGAAAAUGGGCAGUUAGCUAUGCAUGGGUUAGGCGCUCCGCGGCCGAGCAAAUUACUGGCCGCAGAGGUAAAGGACACGUGGGAAAAGCCACGUGCCGGUGGCACGCUGGAGGCCAUUGUCAGCCAAGCCACCAGCAUGCCACGCCGAAAGCGUGUUGGCAUUGAUGGAGUCGGAGGAUUCAUCGGCGAGGAGCUCGUCCCGUGGUUCGACCCACACACCCAACAACUCGUCGCCGGCUCUCCCAAGAAAAGCGCCGGAGCCUCCGCCGCCACCAUUACAAUGGACGCCAUGGUACCUUGCGCCAAAGCUACGUCGACGCCCGGUGCCAGGUGGACCGGGCACGACCGAGAGCCAUCCGCCGCCGCCCUCUUGCCGGGGAUCCCAGGAUUCUCCGGUCACGUCGGAUCGUGCAGCGGCGUGCUCCCCUCACGUGUAGGCGGCGGCGGUGCCGCUCAGGAUUGGAGCAACAACAAGGGUGAGAUGAGUGUGAGCGGGAGCGCGACAUACAUGAGGGAUAGCCGGCAGGUGACCAUGACGGAUACCGGCGGCGAUAGAGAUCUUUGCACGGAGGGGUUCACUUCCACGUCCAUGCCGUCGCAGGGAAACACCAGCUCAGAGAAACAGUGCACUAUGAAGUCAAAUGACGAUAAUGAUAAUUCAGUUUGUCACAGCAGAUCUCAGAGGGAUAUUGACAUGGAUGAUAAAAAAGUAAAUGGAAAAUCCUCAGUUUCAACAAAAAGGAGCAGGGCUGCUGCUACUCACAACCAGUCUGAAAGGAAAAGAAGAGACAAAAUUAAUCAACGGAUGAAGACAUUGCAGAAGUUGGUUCCAAAUUCGAGUAAGACGGAUAAGGCGUCCAUGCUUGAUGAAGUGAUAGAAUACCUAAAGCAGCUCCAAUCACACAUCCAGAUGAUGAGUAGGAUGAACAUGUCGCCGGCCGCCAUGAUGUUCCCGUUGGCGAUGCAACAACAGCUGCAGAUGUCCAUGAUGGCGCCGGCUGCGGCGGCGAUGGGAAUGAACAUGGGCAUGGGGAUGGCGGGAAUGAUGGACAUGAACAACGUCGCCGGCCGCUCCAACAUGGCCGCCGCCAUGCCCCAGCUCCUCAACCCUGCAACGGCUGCUGGCGCAGCUGCUGCUUUCCUGCCGAUGGCCGCCGCUUGGUGGGAGAACUCUGCCGCGGACCGCAUGCCGGCCGCUCCCGCAACCGUAAUGCCGGACCCUUUAGCCGCGGCAUUUCUUGCUUGCCAAUCACAGCCAAUGCAAGCGGAUGCUUAUAGUAGGAUGGCAGCUAUGUACCAACAGUUUCAACAAGCUUCUGGUGGUCAAAAGAACUGAGCUUUUUUGUUAUUUAUUUUUAAAUUUGAACCUUUUCUACUUCUUGACUUGGUUAAGUUGAAGAUGAUCGGUGUGAUUAAAGGAUGCAAUAUGUGAAUUGUGUAGGCUGGAAAUCUCUGUAUGUAUGUGCAUCUGCUCUAACCACUUCAUCAAGAUUCUUUCAUUCAAUAUAUAUUGAGUUCAAUAAUGCAUAUAUUUUAAUUAAACAAAGAGGUUGUAUAUAAAUAUUUUGUGAUAUAACUAAUACAUACGGAGUAAUACUUUAAUUUAUGUACCAAUAAAUUAAUUACAUCAGAUCGAUUAUAUUUGGAUGUCCUCCUAUAAUUGUUCUAUUUUUCCAUUUUUGGAUGGGAUGUCCUC